AUGGCAGCUGCGAGAUCGGCCAUUCCCCCGCUGCGAUCCUGGCCUCGCCCCCGAACUUUGGCGGCUACCCUCCACUCACCCCUCCAGUCGCUGCAUACCAGAUCCAGCAAAAUAUCUUCGAAACGCUCUGUGUUCACAAUGACCCUUCCCAAGACAAACGCUCUCUACCAAACAGACGAGUCUCUCCGGACGCACAGCACCAAAGUCCUCUCCGUCCAACCCGUAUCCUCCCUCACCGAGUCCGAUAAGCCGCUCUUCAAAAAUGCAGACGCAUCAAAAGACCACGUCGUCGUUACUGCCGAGACAAUCUUCUACGCCCAAGGCGGCGGACAACCAUGCGACACGGGAAAGAUGACUCUCGCAUCAAACACUAGCCUCACAUUCGACGUCACAGCAGUCCGCAACGGCGCUGAUGGACUGAUACUACACUUGGGCACAUUUGCCUCAGCCGCCGAGAAUGACCAAUUCAAAGCAGGUGACACCGUGGACCAAGCGAUCGACAGCGAAAAGCGCGUCAUGAACUCCCGCAUUCACACGGGCGGACACGUCGUCGGUCUAGCUGUUCGACACUUGGCCUCGUCUAUUCCUGACGUGUCGGAGCUGAAGGCGCAGCACUAUCCUGAUCUCGCAUUCGUAGAUUUCCAAGGCACGAUCGAGAGUAAACACAAGGAUGCGAUUCAGGCACAGGUGGACAAGUUCAUUGCGGCCGAGCUUCCUGUCGAGGUGUAUUUCUGGAAUGAAGCCGAGCUGCGCGAGAAAUGUGCUGUUGUCCCUGGGGCUGUUGCAAUUCCUGAGGGGGAACUUGUGCGCGCCGUUGAUAUCGUCGGCGCCGGGGCAUAUCCGUGUGGUGGCACGCAUGUUCCUGAUACUGGCAAGGUUGGGAAAGUGACAAUCAAGAAGAUCAGUCGCAGCAAAGGAAAUAGCAAAGUAUCGUACACUCUAAAUUAA